UUAAAAUCCUCCGUAUCAAUGGCAAGGACCAAGCAGACUGCACGCAAGUCCACAGGUGGCAAGGCGCCUCGUAAGCAGUUAGCCUCCAAGGCCGCUAGAAAGUCCACCCCUAGCACCGGUGGUAUCAAGAAGCCCCAUCGCUACAGGCCUGGCACUGUGGCUCUUAGGGAGAUCAGACGCUAUCAGAAGAGUACUGAUUUACUCAUCCGCAAGUUGCCCUUCCAGCGCCUUGUUAGAGAGGUGGCCCAAGACUUCAAGACCGACUUGAGGUUUCAGACCAGUGCUGUGAUGGCCCUACAGGAGGCGGCUGAGGCCUAUCUGGUGGGCCUCUUCGAGGACACCAAUCUGUGUGCUAUUCAUGCUAAGCGUGUUACCAUCAUGCCCAAGGACAUGCAGUUGGCCAGAAGAAUUCGGGGCGAGCGCUCGUAGACCUGUCCGGUGAGAGACGAUUCUAUGGUGACUAGUUGUGAGUACCCAAGGGCCCUAGGGGGCAUAGUGUUGUACCUUUUGUUUUUCAUAAUGCUACAUCUAUUUAACGAAGUGUUGUAAGAGUACUCUUCUCGUGGUGCGUUUGAAGUCCCUUAGUACGUGACGCUAAGAAGGGCAGAGUACCAUCGACAUAUUGAGUAUUCUGCAGCAGUAGAUUAGAAUAUCGAUGAUGAAGUUAUUGAUAAAACUUUUAUAG